CCUGUCACUGCCUGUCCUUGUUCGGGGGGGGCCCCAUCAGCCCCUCCUCAGCUGCCCAGCAGAGAAGCAGUUAGUGGGAAGGGGAGGGAACAUGGAGAGGGGGCCGGUGGUGGGGUCAGGGGUGGGGGCCCGAAUCCAGGCACUGUUAGGCUGCCUGUUGAAGGUGCUGCUUUGGUUGGCCUCUGCCUUGCUCUACUUUGGAAGUGAACAGGCCGCCCACCUCCUGGGCAGCCCCUGCUUACGGCGCCUCUACCAUGCCUGGCUAGCAGCAGUGGUCAUCUUCGGGCCCCUUCUCCAGUUCCACGUCAACCCUCGGACCAUCUUCGCCAGCCACGGCAACUUCUUUAACAUAAAAUUUGUGAAUUCAGCGUGGGGCUGGACAUGCACCUUCCUCGGGGGUUUUGUGUUGCUGGUGGUGUUCCUGGCUACACGACGAGUGGCGGUGACAGCUCGGCACCUGAGCCGGCUGGUGGUGGGGGCAGCUGUGUGGCGGGGGGCUGGUAGGGCCUUCCUGCUCAUCGAGGACCUGACAGGCUCCUGCUUUGAGCCUCUCCCCCAGGGACUGCUGCUCCAUGAGUUACCUGACCGCCGCAGCUGCCUGGCUGCCGGCCACCAGUGGCGGGGCUACACUGUCUCUUCCCACACCUUCCUACUCACCUUCUGCUGCCUGCUCAUGGCUGAGGAAGCAGCAGUGUUCGCCAAGUAUCUGGCCCACGGGCUGCCCGCCGGUGCCCCCCUACGCCUCGUUUUCCUGCUCAAUGUGCUGCUGCUGGGACUCUGGAACUUUUUGCUGCUCUGUACUGUCAUCUACUUCCACCAGUACACUCACAAGGUGGUGGGCGCCGCAGUAGGCACCUUCGCCUGGUACCUCACGUAUGGCAGCUGGUAUCAUCAACCCUGGUCCCCAGGGAGCCCAGGCCAUGGGCUCUUCCCUCGCCCCCACUCCAGCCGCAAGCAUAACUGAAGAAAUAAAGGCAUAUCAGGCCUGGC